AGUAUUGCUAAUAAAACACGGUGGCAAUUUAAUUCGAAUUAUUCGAUUGUUUGUUGAGAAAUUCGCAAUGGCACGAACUAUUAUUUUGGCUAUUUUGGCUGCGAUAAUGGUUUAUGUAUCCGCUCAAACUGAAACGCGUGAAAAUGAACUGGUCAAGUAUGGGAAAGUAAGUGGUCGAGUAAAUAUCCCUGAUGUUGAAAUCAAAAAGUGGCAACUGCCGCAACUCUUUGUGGACACCGAAAAACUAUGGCGCUUAAAUUGCUGUGUCACGACGAACUUUACAAACAUCGAAGAUUUGACACUCGCUGAGGAUAGCGAUGAAAUGAAACAGAUUAAUGAAAUCGUGAAAGAGGUUAAUGAAAUCGGCAGCAAAUUUGAAGCCGCUCAAAAAAGCGGAACAUAUAAAUAUGAAAAAUCUGAUAGAACUGCUUUGGAAAGUUUGGCCGCAAAAUUAAAAGUUAUUGAUGCAGGAUUGCCUGAUGAGCGGAGAGAUAAUCAUGAGGGUUCAUUGAUCUUAGGCAUAUGCGUUGAUAUUCACAGUAUUCUAACCUAUAUGCUUGCAACAAGAACACGCUAAUUGUAAUUGUCGCCAAUAAAAGAUCUGAGCGAAGAUAUUGGACCAAGUUCGUUGAAACCUAAAAUACUAAUAAUCCAAAGAACUUGCAAUAUUCAAUUCACUUUUCAAUAAUGUCAAUUCACUUUUUUGUUGGCAAUAAUAAAUCAGAAAAU